GUGAGGGAUGUUCGUCUAAUCAUGGACCGGAAUUGAAGACAUUCGAAAGGAGUUGGGUAUAUUGAAUUUUAUGAUGCAAUGUCCAUGCCAAUGGCUAUAGCUCUCUCUGGCCACCUACUUUUCGGACAACCUUUAAUGGUUAAACCAUCAGAAGCUGAAAAGAACCUUGUUCAAACUAAUGCUUCUGGUGGUGGUUCAGUCGUAGGAUCCUAUAUUGCAGUUGAUAGAAAACUGUAUGUGGGAAAUUUACACUUCAGCAUUACAGUAUUUCAGCUUAAACAGGAACACUCAGUCGCUGCUUUCACCCGUGUUCUUGAUGAGGCCAGUGUUAUUCUUUUCUUCAGAGACAAAGUCUAUCUUCAUCCCGAUAAGGACAAAUGGCGGAAUAUGGGUAUUAGUACUGCUGCACACAGUUCUAAAGAAAAAAUACGAAUUCCUAGAGUAAAAGCUAUUACCGCUGGCCCACUCACCAAUGGUCAAAAUUCUGCUUCUGCUUCACUUAUUGAUGAUGACAAGGAUGGGAAAACUGCUCCACGGUGGAAAAAGAAUUUGAAUUAUGUAAUUGCUUUUGCAAAAGAUGGAGUGUAUGACGUCACUAAACGUUACACUAGAAAGUGGCAUGAGGUUCUGUCUCGGAGAAACAUUACUAUGGAGCCCAUCCUGUCUAUUAUUCUCUCGAACAUAAGAAGAGAAUGCCGACAGAGUUUUGCAUCUCAAGUGAUUUCUGCCCUAGAGGAUCAAGAUAGGAAUGAAGCUGAAGCACUUGAGAGAGAGUUGCACUCUAAAGAUGAUGCUUCAAUCUCGUUACCUGGAAGACAAAGUGGUGACAAGGAAUGGCGCAUGUCAAGAUCAGAAUUUGGUUCUGACGAGAUUUGCUUUCCAAGUUCUUCUUGUUGUCCAGCCCGUAAAUGCAUUGAUGAGCAUGUGACAAAGAUCUACAAUGCAUUUUGUCCAAUCAUUUCUCGGUUUGUCGAGAAAUCUUGUUCUAAAUCUAGAGCUGUUGAAGUCCUACUGUUUUUUAAACAAAUGUUAAUCAAUCUGAAGAAUCCCCUUUUAGAACGAGGAGAACUUCUAUAA